AUGGUGGGUGGUCGUUGUAUGAAGCAAGGCGUAAAGAAGGGUGCGUUAGGUCUUGCCGUGUGUGCUGGUAUUGUGGGAUCCCUGUUGUGGCUCAUAGGACCGCGAUUUCUUCUGCGCGCAACAGCACAAGAUGCCUAUGUAAAAAUCAAUGCUCCCGGGGUAUCGAGUCCGGAGAAGGACAGUGAGGGAAAUGUGCAUGAGUACUAUGUACAUACACUCACGGCUGUUUUUAAAGAUAAAACGACCAAAACUCUUACGGUUGGUUCUGCCAAUCGUGGUCGCCCUUUGAGGACCGGGGCCUACCUUCUUCUCAAAGUAAAUUCCCGUAAUGAUGUCGAAUCAUUCGAGGAGGUUUUGCGGAAAGAUAUUCCAUCAGAUAUUGCUGACAUGCUCGAUAAACAACCAAAUACUAUUACGUCUUAG